AUCCGCAUAUUUUUCAUAAUUCUUAGCAAUUCUAUCUUUGCUUUUGAAAGAUGUAUCUCUUCAGUCUGUUCUUUCUCCUAUUACCUUUAAAAAUUUGUUGUUUUAACAUAGACACAAAUCAUUUUAUAGUGUAUGAGGAUCCCCAAAGAGUUGCAAAUGCAAGUUACAAUUAUUUUGGAUAUACAGUGCUUCUGCAUCCAGGAAACAAAGGUCUGGGAAAAUGGAUCAAAAUUGGUGCUCCUAAAGGAAACGAUCCCAAAAUAAAUAAAUUUAAAAACACUGGCGUUGUUUAUGAUUGUCCCUUUAUGCAAAAAUGCAAAGCUUUGGAUAUUAAAAGAGGGUAUUUCAACAGUAUGGAAAAACUGAAAGGUGCUUGGAUCGGUGGUUCGAUGGACAUUAAUUACAAAUUUAACAAAUUAGCGAUCUGUGGUUUUCGGACAAUAUACGAACGGGGAUCUGAUUACGACCCUCUUGGUUGUUGCCAUAUAUCAGAUUUAAAUAACAGUUUCACGGAAGUUAUUCCCCUAGCAGACCAUGAAAAAAAGUUUUAUAAGAUAAGACGGCAAAAAGUAUAUAAUUAUGGAAAGGGAGAAGCUGGAUUUGCAACUCAUAUACCUGAAAAUGUAAAUAAUGUGAUUUUGGGAGCUCCUGGAGUGUUCAAUUGGGCUGGAACAUUAAUCAACAUUGUCGAUUUUGAUAAUGAAGAACCAACAGCUAGUAGAUUGACAGUGAGAGAUUCUAUAAAUAAAAGAUCUCUUCUGCCGUCAUUUGAGUUAGUGGCUGAUGCUACGAAACAGACAAUUAGUUCGGCUUUUGAGUUAUUUGGAUAUUCCGUUACUUCCGGAUACUAUUUAAACAAAAAAUUGUACUAUGCUGCAAGUGCUCCAAAAUAUUAUUAUAAAGGGAAGGUAGUACUAGUUGAAUUCAAUGGAAAUAAUCGUCUUAGAGAAAAAGUAAAAGUAGUUGGAAGCCAAUUCGGGGAAUAUUUUGGUGCGGCCACUGCCUCUGGUGAUAUUAAUCAGGAUGGUUUUGAUGACCUUAUAGUUGGAGCACCAUAUCACAAGAAGAAUACUUUCAACGAGGGAGCAGUUUACAUAUUUUUGGGCAAAAGUGAGGACCCAUUUAAAGAGCAUCAUACGUUAUAUGGUCAGAAGGCUAAUGGACAAUUUGGAAGUGCAAUCAUGUUCCUAGGAGAUUUAAAUAAUGAUGGUUUUGGAGAUUUAGCAAUAGGCGCUCCCUAUGAGGAAGAUUUCAGUGGUGUUUUGUACAUUUACAAAGGGAACAAGGAAGGAGUUGAUCGACUGCCCUGCCAGAAAAUAAUCGGAAAGGACAUAUCAUCGGAAAUACGAGGAUUUGGUGUUAGCAUAUCUAGAGCAGCGGAUAUUGAUGCAAAUGGGUAUAAAGAUUUGGUCGUCGGGGCCUACCUGUCAGGCCACGCGGUCCUAUUAAGGACCAGUCCAAUAGUUGUGGUUCACUAUGAGAUGAAGUCCAUUCCUGAAGAGCUCAAGCAAGAUACGGAACAAUUUCUGAUAAACAUAUGCUAUAAAUACGACACUCAUUUCAAAGAAGAUAAUCUAACGUUAAAUAGAACCAUAAUAAUAGACGAACUUCUAAGAAGAGCCGUUUUGAAAGAUCCCAAAGAAGAUACUAAAACCAUCAUAAUCAGUAGACUCCAACCAUCUACUUGUGAAAACGUUACAGUGAUAUUAAGGAAUAUCACGGACCAUGUUGCUCCGAUAACGGCAUUCCUCACCUAUAAAUUAGCAAAUCAACAGAAAAAGAAAGAAGUAAUAUACGUCUCUGAAAAGUACCAAUACGGCACAGAUACUUUCGAUGUACGACGUCCAGUUUUGGAUGAAUUUCGUUCUACUCAAUCGAGUUCGCUUGACGUGCUGUUUAGUCUGGGUUGUGGAUCGGACAAUUUCUGCGAGUCAAAAUUGACAAUUGACGCCAAAUUUCUAGAUCUAAGGCAGGAGAAUACGUUCGUUGUGGGAUCCACAGAUUUUCUGAAUCUACAAACAGUGAUAAAAAAUACAGGAGAGAACGCCUAUUUCACACAGCUUGAGAUAACAUUGCCACCAGAAAUUAUUACUUUCAGACAAAUACCUCCUGGGUGUUAUGAGCAGAACACUUCUGUUAUUAUUUGCAAUGUUGAAAACCCUUUGAAAGCAAACAAAGAGAAGGUCCAAAUUCUGAAUCUCGACAUGAAAAAUAUAAACAAAAACAAUCUUAUAAAUAGAAUUAAUAUAUCCGUUAGAGUAACGACUACCAGCAACAACAGUAAUCCCGACCAGAAAAUUUUGACGCUAUUGCUGGGAAGAGAAGCCGAUAUUACUAUAUCGGGGAAAUCCAAUGACCAAAGUGUACCUUUCGGAAAGAUGUCAUAUGGGAUGCCAAACUUCACUCAAAUAUACCAGGUUGAGAAAAUAGGCGUCAGUCCCUUAGAGAAGGUACUAGUGAACAUCACAAUCCCUCACUCUAUAAGAACAUCCUCUGGCGACGUUGGUUUUAUCAAAGUUUUCCCUCCAGAUGGCACUUUUGAUGGUCAACCUGUGACCUGCAUGAGCUCUCUCGAAUAUAUCAUAGAGUCGAAACUUACGGAAACAAGCGAGAAAUUAGAAUCUGACUCAAUGCUUCUACGAAGCAAAAGACAGGUAGAGGUUUUUAAAGAGAUGGAGGAGAAAAAAAAGGAGAACAUUAUUCUCGAUGGGAAGGAGUAUGAUUUGGUGCCCAACAGAACAUUCUUUUUGAACUGCAGUAUGGAUAACAUCAUCUGCUCGAGUAUUUUAUGCUCACUUGGACCCUUUACAAAGAGGCAAAUUCCUGCCGUUAUCAAAAUUAAGUUGAUGUUUAAUCCAUCCGCAGUAUCUCAUUUAAUAGGGGAAAAAGACAUGAUUCUCUAUACUACUGAAGGAACCACAACAAUACAAGUUCCUACUCAAUUUAUUCAAAAUGGAAACAGAACCGAUUUUGUACAAGUAUCUAGUCUUUUCAUCAACGAAACUAGAAGGAACAAAAAAGUGGCACUCUGGAUUAUAAUUCUUGCAGUAAUUGCAGGAAUUUUAUUGCUCGUUUUGAUUAUUUAUGGACUUACUAAGGCUGGAUUCUUUAAACGGGCCAAAAAAGAGGAACUUGAAAAUUUAAAAGCAGCGACUCAACAGAUGAUUGAAGCAGAGUCAGAUCUACAGAAUGUCGAUCCUGUUAUAAAUAGUUCCACAGAAGGAUUAGUGGACGACGAUCCCACUGUAGAAUCGUCUGCACAUGAUCAUACUGCAAAUGCUUCGACUGAGGGAUCAGUAGACAAUCAGUGCGAGGAUGUCUUUAAUUAAUUUAAUAAAUUAUCAACAUAAUAACUUGAUUAGCAAUUCA